AUCAUCACCCGCAGAUCUGUUCUUCUUCCCUCUGAUUUUUUGUUGUUAUCCGAGCGAUUGUGCUAUUCGCCGAAAUGGCCGUGUGAUCUGCAGCCUGUAGACAGCGCGCAAACUCCUCAGUGCAUCAACAUAGUGCACUGCCUCAGUACAUUUAUUGCAAAAUGGCGUCCCUUGUGGCAACUCUGAACUUUGCUGUACCUGACAGCACGAAAUUAUUCGAAUUCUCAGUAGAAGACUCUCUGAUUCCACUUGAAAUAGACAGCCAUGUCUUUGAUGAGCUCACGGUUUGGCCCGGACGAUAUGGAAGUCCUUCUUUGGGACCCAUCAUCACCGAUGGCUGACCCUCUUGGGUCCUUCCUAGAUAAAGAUGAGGAGGUUCUUCCUCUCGGAGGCGCUGAAUCGCCCCUUUCAUCUUUCUCUUCCUCUCCACUUCCCUCUCUCUCCCCACCCUGCACUCCUCCCUUCCCUCAGAGGGGGGAGAAGGCUGGGCACAAUCAGCUGUCCCUGUCGUGGUUUCCCUCAGAUGAGCUGUGCCUAGAUAAUGGUGGCGCAGACAGUGGUAAUGAUCAUUCAUUCAGUGAAAUGGAUUGGAUGACAGAGCGAAUUGAUCUGAGUGAGUUUGAUCUGGAGUCUUUGAUUGGCUCCUAUGAUUCUGAGGAUCCACCCAGUUCUCCUGAGGAACUCAUUGCUUCUCUGGAGUCACAGAUAGACCUGGAGUCCCAGCCUGUAGCUUCUCACCGUAACCCUUCACCCUCUCCCCCAGCGACUGUUCUUGAAAUUGAUCAACUUUCCAGCCUUUCAUUCACUUUGAAUACUCCAGUUUCUACUCCAUUUGUUCCCUCAACACCCUGUGAAGUGUCAGAUUCCUCCUCUGUAGUCCCUGAGCCCCAGACCGAGCUCGAUAUAAAGUCUGAACCGGCCUCCCCAGUCCCCUCACCUUCCAUCCUUCCACCCGAGUCCCCUACUGACACUCUUGAGCUUGGUUGCGAGGUGGACAUAGCUGAAGUUCAGAGUCCAACCCCCGUUGAGAUGCAGGUGCCCAAAAUUGUCCUGUCCCUCUCUCCAAACCACAUAGUUCUUGUCCUUGCUCCCAAAGAGGAGGCUAAUGUGAUGGCGACCCAUCCAGGUAAGGUGGUUGUGGAUAAUUCCCCAAGGCCAGCCUCUCCCGACCCACAAACCCCAGCCUCUCCCCAGUCUCGAUCUUACAGGGUAAAGCCAUACCCUACACCUGAUUCUAAGCCCACCCAAAGUCAGCAGUCAGAGUCACCUGCCCUCACAGGAACAGUGAAGUCAGCCAGUGGCUCAAAGGUUGUGGUCGAGAAGAAGCUGAAGAAAAUGGAGCAGAACAAGACUGCGGCGACCCGCUACCGACAGAAGAAGCGUGCAGAGCAAGAUGUCCUCCAGUCAGAGUCUGCAGCUCUAGAGGAGAGGAAUCAAGAGCUGGUGGAGAAAGCAGAAUCACUCACUAAAGAGAUUCAUUAUCUGAAAGAGCUAAUUGAUGAAGUCAGGAGGGCAAGAGAGAGUAGGAAUAUGAGGUCAUAGAAAGAAAUGGACAUAGAGGCUUGAAGCUGAGAGAAAUGGACUGUUUCAGCAUAGCCCGAAGUGCAGAAUAGUAGGGAUGUUGGUCCUAAAAGUAUGUAUUUCUUGAAGGGUUGAAUAAAUAACUGUUUUGAUUCAUCCCCAGUGUCUUAGUAGAAACAGUUUCGUUUUAGCAUGACUGCUAUCGGUAAAGCCUGAUAUACUUUUACAAGUGUAUUUUUUUUUUUAAUCUUGUGCAUCUUUAUUGUAUGCACAGUAUUAUAUAUAGCAGUGCAUUGUGUAUUGUUGAUUUUGUCCGUCUUGACAUUUCUUAAUUGAAAUUGUGCCGUGUAAAUACUCACAAUUUAAACUUUCCUACUGUCUUUAUUCAUAGAAAUGGUAUGGUGUGCACUUAUUAGAUUAUGUAUGGAACUUCUAUAGGCAUUUCACCGCUUGCCAACUAUCUUGAAAGUUAUUUGUGAAAUAAACAUUUAAAAAGACA